GAACAACAAAGGAUAGUCAGCCAAUCCGUUUCCUUUGUUGUUGAAUGCCAUAUUCUGCAUGCCAUUCCAAAAUGGCUGCUAUAGCUUCUGCUGUAAGCAUAAGGACGAAAGGGCAGUUUAAUUAAAAACGAGCAGUAUUUCGGUCUUUAAUUUAACAUUUUAGAUAAUGGGAUAAUUAGGAGUACAGCAACAUCUUCCAUCCCUGGAUGAGUUUGGAGUCAUGCCUAUACGUCGUGCAGCUGGGACUCCACCCCAGGAGACACCCCCCUCGGCUGCACCAGAUGGAGAGCCUGAUGCCAGCUCUGAGGAAUCUGCCUCUGUUGAGGAGGAGCAGGAGGUAGCAUCCGCAGCCCCAGUAGCCAAGAAGGGGGAGGGUCAAGGAGAAGGUGAGGGCACAGGUGAAGGAGACCCAAAAGAGAAUGGUGAGAAACCUGAUGAAUCGACUGGAAAGAAGACUGAGGAGAAGAAGGCUGAGGGGGAAGAGGCUGAGAAGGAAGAGAAAGAUGGAGUAAAAGAGAAAGUCAAGAAGCCCAUUAAAAGGACCAUUCCUGCCUGGGCCACCAUGUCUGCCAGCAAACGUGCAACGCUCACUAAUAAGAGCACCUCCACCAUGCAGCCGCCUAGGAUGGACGACAUCCUCAUUGAGGCUAUUGAGUCCUGCAAGGAGAAGACUGGGGCCUCAGCCCAUUCUGUCAUGAAGUACAUUGUGAAGAAAUACCCUAACCUGGAGUUGGACAAGAGGAAAUUCCUUCUCAAGAAGGCUCUCAAGAGGCAGCUGGAGAAGGGCACCAUCAAACAGCUGAAGGGUAAAGGCCUUUCUGGAAGCUUUACCAUUGGGAAGCAGCCCCCUAAUAAAUCCACUGCUAAAGGGAAGCCGAUGGCAGUAGCUCCUGGGUUGAAGGCAGAGACCCUUGGGGAUGCUCUGCCCCUGAUCAUCACACGGCUAUGUGAACCCAAAGAGGCGUCUUACAUUCUGAUCAAGAAAUAUGUGGAGCAGCACUUCCCUCAACUCAACGUGGAGCAUCGGCCGGAUAUCCUAAAGAGUGGCCUGGUGAGAGCUGUGGACAAGGGUCAACUGGAGCAGAUCACUGGAAAAGGUGCCUCUGGAACAUUCCAGCUGAAGCGGGAAGGGGGCAAGUUCCUGCUUAAAGGUGGGCCCCUGGAGGACGCUAUCAUGACAGCCAUCGUGGCCAUGAAUGAACCCAAGACUUGCAGCACCACCACACUCCGCAAAUUCCUGUUAGAGACAAACAAGGACAGCAUGGAGUACCGUGUGGUGAACAGCCUGAAGAGGACACUGCAGAAGUGUAAAAUGAUGGGCUGGAUGGAACAGAUCACUGGGAAUGGGCUAAAUGGGACCUACCAGCUCUGCUACCCUUACCACCCCAGCCCAGCCAUUCUGUUCCCAGAAAAACAGAAAGUGAAAGAGCAGAAAAUGGCAGAGAAGGCUAAACGCAGAAAGAUGGUUGACUCGUCUGAUGAGGAGGACUCUGAUGAGGAGGAAGAGGAGUCGUCUGAGGAGGAUGAGGAGUCAGAUGAUGAACCCCCUCCUAAGAGGAAAGCUGUGAAGCGGCCACCACCUAAAGCACGUCGCCCUCCCCCCAGCAAGAAGUCACAGCCGGCAAGUCAGUCAAUGGCUAAGGGCAAGAAAAGAGCUGCCCCUGCUAAGAGAUCUGCACCGCCAGUCAAGAAACCAGCACCCCAAGCUAAGAAAGCAGCACCACCAGCCAAGAAGUCUGCUCCCCCAGCAAGGAAACCAGUGCCACCAACAAACAAACCAGUGCCCCCGGUUAAGAAACCUGCAGCUGCCAGUAAAGCUGUAGCCUCAAAGAAGACACCCCCACCAGCUAAGGCGGCACCCACACCAGUCAAGAAAGCUGCUCCAGCGAGCAAGCCCAAAACCCCCAUUGUCAAAAAGCUGACAAGCAGGGCAUCAAAGCGUCCAGCGCCCAAAAAGUCACCACCUGCGAAGAAGGAAGCAGCCAAAUCUGCAGUGAAGGCCAAGCCAGCAGCCCGCAAGUCCCUGAGGGAGAGGAAGUGAGCUCACUAUUGCCCAGCAGUGGAAGUUUAACUGUAGCUCUGAAGACUGCAGUGCUCUGCCUCUAGCCAUGCUCUCUUUCGCAUCGUUUUCCCCCUGUUUGGGGUUUUAGAAUUCUUCUCUGUAGGAUAGGGAUGUGACAGUUAUCAGUUCAUGUCAAUUUACUGUACUUUGAACUGUUACAUUUCUGUGAACCCAACUUCUAAACACCAUUGUGUAGAAAGUCCUCUUCAAAAACUGUAAAAUUUCGCAAUUUCCCUCACACACUUGUGUAUAUGCAGAGAUCUAACAUACAAUCAAAGUGACUUGUCUUUUCAUUUUAACAUUUCAUCCCAAUCCACUUUCUCAUGUUUUAGCUUGACACAUUCCUUGUAUAAAAAAAAAUAUAGAUUUCUCCACAUUUAAUCUGGAGUAAAUUUUCAAAUCUUAAAGAAUAUUGAGAUUUAUGUAAGUGAAUUUGAGAGCAUGAGCCAACUUUUCAUGUAAUGAAUUAUGUUAUUUAAAUUCACUUUCCUUGAUCAGAUGGUUAAAAUACUUAAUUUGAUUGGAGACUGACAUCAGGAAGCAAUUUGUCAUUGUCAUAUUCAGUACUACUGCAUAGUAUUAGGGGAAUAUUUUUUUAAAGUGUGUAACUAAUCAAAGUUCAUUUUAUCAUAUAAAGUAAAAAAAAAAAAAAAUACAUACAAAAUCGUCUACAUUCUGUGUAAUAGUGCAAGAUUUGAAGAAACUUCGUUUUGAAGGUGUGGCUCAUGCAUACCCUGCAUGCGUGUACUCUUUAUGUUAUGCUUUUUUCCAAGUCGUUAUUAAAAUGGCUAUUUGUACUAAA